CCGAUUUUUUCAUUCGGUAAACUUUUACCAAAUGGUUCUUACGAUGGGAUUAUGGGUAUGUUUCAACGAAAUGAAACUGACGUCAUUUUGCGAACCGGAGAAUAUAAAUUUCAACAAAAUAAUAUGGUUUAUACCAUGCCCAUUUACAAAACAGGAUAUAAUUUAAUUAUCCGUCCAAAAUUGUAUUACGAUAAUAUGUGGUUAAUAUCAAUGUUUUCACCCAACACUUGGUACUUCAUUAUAUCAAUAUUCGUGAUUCUAAGUCUUUUCGGUUUUUUGGCGCAAAAAAUAACUAUAAUUAAUCCUAAAGAAUAUAAAAAUAAUGUGAAUUUCAACUUAAGUGAUCACAUCUUUCACACAUUUGCUAUAAUGUGUUCGCAAGGUUAUCUUCCAAAAGAUUUCUUCGACAAAUUCAAGAUACUCACUUAUUCGAAGAAUAUUUUCUCUUGGUUAAUUUUCCUAACAUUUAGCUCCAAUUUGAUUUAUCAAAUGACUAAUAGAAAAAUGAUACCACCGUUUUACAAUAUAACACAUUUAUUUCAUAAAACAGAUUAUGUAAUCAUCAGUUUCCUUGGGUCAAUGGUUCACGAUGAAUUCAAGACUCGAAUAAAACAACAUUUUCAAACUAAUCCUAAAUGGAACAAUCGAGUACAAUACGUGGCAAAAAAUCAAGAUUUGUUUACACAAGUUUGUCAAACUGAAGACAAAUAUGCGAUAUUUGUAGUACAAGACAUAUAUAUAGUGUCAAGUAGAUACAUUUGUACUUUAAUUCCUGUAGGAAAGCUUUAUUUUGAAACGUGGAUUACUUUUGGGAUACAAAAACAUCUUCCUUAUAAACGUACGAUCGAUGUGGCGAUCAUAAAAAUGCACGAAGUUGGAUUGAUCGACAAAUUUAAAGAUUCUUGGUUGUUUAUAAAACUUGACAACAAGAUAAAGACUGAAUUUCAAAAGAUCGAUUUCAAUCAAAUAUAUGUAAUAUUUAUCAUUUUAUCGAUAGGAUUUAUAAUAUCCUUAAUAGUACUUGCUAUGGAACAUAUUAUUUUUUAUUAUGAAUCGAAACAAGAUAUGAGAAAAAAACGCUUAGAAUUAUAUUUAAAUAAAGCUUUCACAUAA